GCGCGUUGCUACCUGACAACUAAUAACAGGUUUGAAGGAAGGAAAUUCACGGUAUAUUUCUACAACAUUUCUUUAUAUUUCGAUAAUUUAUAGAUAAUAUUAAUAAUGGAUUCAGACGGACUUCAUCUAGCCAUUGACUAUGUUGGUACCAGUGGCUUGAUAUUGAGUCCAGAGCAGAAGGCAUGCCUCCAAACAUCAUUUGUAAUUUUGAAAAGUGAAGGAAAAUUUCACAAAGUUUAUUUUUGGGGCAAAAUUCUUGGUGUAAAGGAUGAUUACUUCAUUGCACAAGGAGUUGGCAUUGAUGGAAUGGCAGAAAAGAGAACCUUUUACAGUAAAGACUGUGUCCAUUGGGCAAUUUUGAACCCAGUUUCUGCAGAAAACAAGGAGAAAACAAAACUUGCCAAAGGCAGAUUCACUGGAGAUCCAUCUUAUGAAUUUGAGCACAUAGAAAUCAAGAAAAUUGCUGUGCCAGACAGUGAAGAAAUGCAAGAGGAAGAAGAAACAAUAAUGAUAAAAGAAGAGGAUAGGCUGUCAGCAGUGAUUGAUGAUAUUGAUCAAGAUGUAUUUAUUGUACCUAGAGGUGCAUUCACUAAAACUCCCACUGGCAAGGUCUUUGAAAACAGAACAUUUGAAGGGUUGAGUGUGUCUGAGGCAGCAAAGCAGGGUUCAUAUCUCCACUUCCGGGAUCCUAUCAAGCUUCAGGAAAAAACACUUCUUCAGAAAGCAAACAUGGACAAGGCCCUUGAUUUUCUUGAUCCCAUUGAUGAGGAUAUUCCAAAAGGUUGCUGGAGCUUACAGUUUGAGCGAGGAAGUGGACUAGUCACAUUAAGAUCUCUACAAUGGAUUGGCUACACAUUCUACCAUGUUCCAGGGACUCGUCAGUAUGGAUCAUGCUAUUGUGGAACAGGAGAGAUGAACAAAGAUCUGCCAUUUAUGCUUUAAACAUGCAUAACUGAACAAAAUAUCAGGAUUCAUUCUGAUAAGAUAAUAUAUGGACAUUUUAAGUCUCAAAUCUGUACUUUUGGAGAAGUUUACUGUGAAAACAUGUGCACUAACUAUCAGCUGAUUACCAGGAAAAUCAACAAGGAAGCAUCUAUGUCAUCAAACAAAGAGGCACCCUGCCAUUUGAUCUUGUACCAAUAAAAGAAGUAAAUUAAAGGCAAAAUUUAAACUUCAGCAAAGUAACUCUACAUUCUUCAAACUUUAGUACUGAGAUCUUAAAAAAUAUAAAAAUAAACUUGGCAAGUAUGCCAUUCAUAAUUCAUGUAAAAAUACAAUUUGUAAAUAUUCUGUUAUAUGUAUCUUAGCAUCAUGUAUAUUGUAAAUAAAACAUUAGCAACAUCAUGCCAAUAUAUAUUAUUAAUUAAUUAAGCUCUUUUGUGUAUUUUCCAGAACUUGAUUCUUAAAUUUU